GCUGUCAUUAUCCUCCCAAAUUGUGUGGAUUACAAUUCCACCAUAUUUUAAUGCUCUUUCUUUCUAAGUUCUCUCAAUUUCCCCACCUUUUAUUUUGCAUUCUUUUUUUAUAUUAAAAAAAAACCUCAUUUUUUCAUGAGGUUUACUCUUUCUUCUUAGGCUUUACCCUUCUGCUUGAAGCAGCAUUACCUUCAAAUCUACCCUUCUUUCUCUCUUUCUAUUCGUCUCUGUCUUUCUCAGGGAUCUAAUCUUGCUGGGUCUUUUCCAAUUCCAACCCUGAAAAACCCUUUUCAACAUCCAGUUUUCUCAUAAAUUCUUCUGAAUUUCUGUUGCACAGUAAUAUAUUUGAGAUUUUUAUUAAUAUUUAAUGCCCUUGUGAUUGUUGUUCACUUGUUUUGUGUUGAUCCUCUGCUUAAUAUUCAUUUUCCUACUAAAUCUUGAUAGAAAAAAAGAAAACUUUUUUAGUACUUUGAUUUGAACUGUUCAACCCUUCCAUUCUCUUCCUUACAAGAUUCCAGCUGGUUUAAAAAGAUUCAUUUGGUUGUAGGUCAAAGUUCGAAUCUUGUGUGCUUUUCAGAAGCUCUUUAGAUCUUAGAAUUUAGGGGUUUUCUACUUUUGUGCUCUUAAGAACACUCUUGGUUUCCAUUUAUGUUGAAACGAUGUUCCUUGAUUUGGGUUUUGGUGAGAAUUAAAGAUGUUUUUGUUUGUCGUUUUACUUCAAAGUUCAUAGCCAGGAUCACAUCAUUUAAUUUUGCCACUUUUUAGGGCGGUUCUGAAAUUCUGAUCUGGGGUUUGAGCGAUUUCUGUUAGCUGGUUCAAGCACUCAUCAUUUGGAUCCAAUUUAUUGCCUUGUUUGGAUCUUGUGGCAAAAAUGCAGCCUGAUCAAAGGAAAAAGACAUCUGUGGACAUGGACUUCUUUACUGAAUAUGGUGAGGGUAGCCGGUAUAAGAUAGAAGAGGUGAUUGGUAAAGGAAGUUACGGUGUUGUGUGUUCUGCAUAUGACACUCAUCUUGGAGAGAAAGUAGCAAUUAAGAAGAUAAAUGAUAUUUUCGAGCAUGUGUCUGAUGCCACUCGAAUUUUACGUGAAAUUAAACUUCUCCGGCUUCUGCGUCAUCCAGACAUUGUGGAAAUCAAGCACAUUCUGUUGCCUCCUUCAAGAAGAGAAUUUAAAGAUAUAUAUGUUGUGUUCGAGUUGAUGGAGUCUGACCUGCAUCAAGUCAUCAAAGCAAAUGACGAUUUGACUCCCGAGCAUUAUCAAUUCUUUCUGUAUCAGCUCCUUCGAGGCUUAAAAUACAUUCACACUGCCAAUGUCUUCCAUCGAGACUUGAAACCAAAGAAUAUUUUAGCUAAUGCUGAUUGUAAACUCAAGAUCUGUGAUUUUGGUCUCGCAAGGGUGGCGUUUAAUGACACGCCUACUGCUAUUUUUUGGACAGAUUAUGUGGCAACAAGAUGGUACAGGGCUCCUGAAUUGUGUGGAUCCUUCUUCUCCAAGUACACACCAGCGAUAGAUAUUUGGAGCAUUGGGUGUAUCUUUGCUGAACUGCUUACUGGGAAACCUUUGUUUCCCGGAAAGAAUGUAGUCCACCAACUGGACCUUAUGACUGAAUUGUUGGGAACUCCAUCUGCUGAAGCCAUCGCUCGGAUACGCAAUGAGAAAGCUAGACGAUACUUGAGCAGCAUGCGCAAGAAGAAACCAAUUCCUUUCUCCCACAAAUUUCCUUAUGCUGACCCUCUUGCCCUUCGUUUGUUGGAAAGAAUGCUUGCAUUUGAGCCUAAGGACCGCCCUACUGCUGAAGAGGCUCUUGCAGAUCCAUACUUUAAGGGCUUGGCUAAGGUUGAAAGAGAGCCUUCUGCCCAGCCUGUUACGAAAAUGGAGUUUGAAUUUGAGAGACGUAGAGUGACAAAAGAAGAUGUAAGAGAGCUCAUAUACCGAGAGACUCUUGAAUAUCACCCUAAGAUGUUGAAGGAGUAUUUAGAUGGUUCAGAGCCAACUAGCUUCAUGUAUCCCAGUGCUGUUGAUCACUUCAAAAAGCAGUUUGCUUACCUUGAGGAACACUACAAGAAUGGUUCAACUGGUGCUCCACCCGAGAGACCACAUACUUCUUUGCCAAGGGCCUGUGUAUUAUAUUCAGAUAAAUCUGCCCAUGGUACUACUGAAAUGACUGAUGAUCUCUCCAAAUGUCAUAUUAAGGAAGUUGAAAAACAACACGCUGACAGAAAUGGUGGUAUCCCGAUGACAAGGCUUCCUUUGCAAGUGCCUCAAAAUGUACAGGGAGCUGCUGCGAGGCCGGGGAAAGUGGUAAGUUCUCUUUUGCGUUACAAUAACUGUGGUGCAGCAGCUACAGCUGAGAUGAUGGAUCGGCGAGUGAUACGGAACCCAUCAAUCCCAGCUCAAUAUGGUACAUCUAGCGGUUCGUACCCAAAGAGAAAUAAUGGAUGCAAAAAUGAGAGAGGAGAAGAAGACGAUUCACUGGAAGGAUCAAAUGGGCUACAAGCUAAGCCCCAGUAUCUGGCUAGGAAGAUAGCUGCAGCUCAAGGUGUACCUGCAGCACAAUGGUAUUAAAUGUUCAUGACCUACAUUUAUGGCAUAUGCAGCCUCCGAUCAACUCACUGCUGAGCAAUUUGGAGUGGGGUGUUGGGUUAAAGGGAUACAUUCGGAUUUAUUUGUUGAAGAUCGGUAUCCGAAGUAUUGGAGAUGGAUUGUGGAAGUCAGAAUCGGUCUCAGCUUGUGGAAAGAAAAUGUGCAAAAAAAAAAUUUAUAAUCAAGGUUAGUGCUUUUGAAUCUUGAUAUGCUGCCAUCGACUUAUUCUUCACGUCGUGACUUGGUAAUCAGACGGUAUUAUGGAGGAACUGUUAAUGGUUAUAUUGGGGAACCAGAUCACAGAUAAUAUCAUGUCUGGAGAUGGGUAGAAGUGGUAGUAUUGAAGUCCUAUUCAUCUUUUCUAACGUUUGAAGUGUUUUAAUGGCCGUUCUAAUGUAUUUUUAUCUCCAACAAUGUAAUAAAUGUAUUAUCGUCUUCUCCCACUCGAAAAAACGUCUAAUGUAUAAUUAGUGAAGUACCCAACUCAAUAUUAACGCAAAGCUUCAUUGGUUCCGACUUAUAAUUUGUGCUUCCUUUAGGCUUGUUGCAUGGAUUGAGAAUGGGAAAAUGUUGCGAAAAGUAUUCAAUCGGCUUUAUUUUCCUCAAGGAUAUGAGCUUUGGUUUGGUAUGCCA